AUGAUAAAAGAUCUUAUAAUUGUCAAACAGGAAAAUGAACAACCAACAAACCCUGCUAUUUCUUCGUUAUUUUCCAUUUUUGUUAUUGGUACUUUUGCAAUUUUAUUGAUUUCUUUAAUGAGAACAAUUCAAUUUAAAAAACUCCAUUUUGGAUUCUUUACACUCUUAUUUAUUAUUGUAUUAUCUGCAACAUUCGUAUUUAUCGCGUACUUCUGGUUCUUCUUAACAUUACUUGAGGCUGUAGGUCUUUUCCUUUUGAUUGCACCAGUAACUUGUCUUUUUGCCUUUUGUGCUGCGAAGGUUUCUCUUUAA